AUGGAGAUUCCAAUUUAUGAUUUCAAUGAAGAUGAAAAUACAAACUUUAAACAACUGUGUAAGUAUAUGCCCAAAUCCAAUUUUAGGAUGCGAAUAUGCGGCAAUUCAGGUUCAGGCAAAACAAACCUGUUUUAUCACAUCCUUAUGAAACCAUUAGUCUAUUAUGAUCAGAUUCAUUUAUACGGUAAAAACCUGGAACAGGAAAAGUAUCGACAUAUGAUAGAAACAAUGAAUGAUAUCAGUGGCCAAGCUGGAUAUGACAUAAUGCAUUACAAUAAUGAUGACAUUAAACCCGGGCGCGGAUCCAUACCGGUUUCCACCGUUUUACGGAAAUCGGUCAGAUAUUUCAUAAUAGAUAUAUUUUUAGUAUAAACUGUAAACUUCCCAAGUUGAAAUCUGGAGAAUGGUUUGGACAGUCACUAAAUAUCCUGUCUGAAUGACUCAGAAACCCAGGAAAUGGGACUUUGCGGAGUUAAAAUCCAAAACAUUACCCGGGGGAACAUUCCCCCAGAGCUCCCUAGAAUAGGAAAUCGAUCAGUAUUUGUUCUAGAUCCGCGCCUGAAACCUGUCAAUAGUCUGGAGAGUGAUGCCCAGAAAAUUGUAAUAUUUGAUGACUUCAUUUGUGAUAAAAACCAAAAGCCGCUUAUCGACUAUUUCAUUCAAGGCCGUCAUAAGAACUGUAGUGUUAUUUACCUGUCACAAUCAUUUUAUAAAACACCAAAAGAUAUCAGAUUAAACUGCAAUCAUUAUGUUGUUUAUGAUUUCCCUAGCAGUAAUGAGAGAAAUAUGAUUUCUAGAGAGUUGAAUGUAACAAAGGAUCAAUAUAUUAAAGCCACCAAACAACCCUACUCAUUCCUGUAUGUUGACAAACCAAUGAAAACAGUCAAAAGAAACUUUUAUGGAAAUAUAUAA